AUGGUGCAAUUGUCGUCUCUUUGCGCAUCUGCCCUCCUCUUCGUCGCUGUGGCCGCCACCAACAAGGUGACGCAGCUACCAAAAGAGCAGGCCGUGCUCGGCAGCUUUACACCACAGGGCUGCUGGAAGGAUGUAGUGCUAUCGAAGGACGCCAUGAACAAGCAGGUCACAUUCAAGGCAUCCAAUCUCUCAUCCUCGGGCUGUGGUUCACGAUGCCUCGACAACAACCAACCCGUCUUCGCAAUGGCUGGCGAGAGUUGUUACUGCGCCAACAAGUAUCCGAGCGAGGGCGGACUGGUCGAUAAUUCUCAGUGCAACUUUCCUUGCAAGGCGAACGCUACGGAGGCAUGUGGCAACAAGGGCCAAACGAGGUUCUCCGUUUGGAACACCGGGAUCCAAGUCGCAGUGCCAUAUCUUGACAAGAAGUCCAACAGUUCUAGCACGAAGAAGUCCACGAGCUCUGCCACUGGCACUCCCACGAGCAAGAAGUCUGUUAAGAAGACAACUACACCCGCUUCCAGCUCCUAUGCUACGCCCACCAGCAGCGUUGAGAGCACGACAACGGAGACCGAGACUAGUACUACAGCUACUUCAGCCUCUACUGCUUCUACCGCCGCGGCUCAACCUUCUAACGCUGUUUCUAAGAACAUGGCUGGAGUUGGUGUAGCUAUCCUCGCCGCUGCUCUGGCCAUGUAG